GUUUUCGAGCCAUUCCUCUACUUGCGGAAAUAUGUUCAAGCGACAUUCGAUGCCCUUUCAAAAGAGGAAGUGAGAGAAGCCACACUGGUUGUUUCUGGCAAUGGUAGCAACUUUUCAAAGGAUUCCAUCCAGAUUAUAAUUAAGAUGGCAGCUGCAAAUGGAGUAAGUCGUAUUUGGGUCGGUCAAAAUGGUUUGUUGUCUGUUGCUGCUGCAUCAGCUGUUGUACGUGGACGAGUUGGGGAUGAUGAAUCGAAGGCAUCAGGUGCAUUCAUAUUGACAGGAAGUCAUUAUCCAAGAGGUCCCCAUGAGGAUUUUGGAAUUAAAUACAACAUGAAAAAUGGUGGACCAGCACCAGAAGCAAUUACUGGGAAGAUCUACGAGAACAUGGAAACAAUACGUGAAGUCUUAAUUGCAGAAGACUUGUCAGAUGUGGAUCUCUCCAUAGUUGGCAUAACAAGCUUUGAGGGGCACUUCUACGUUGAAGUUUUCGAUUCAGCUUAUGAUUACGUGGAAUUGAUGAAGUCCAUAUUUGAUUUCAAUUCUAUCCGAAAGCUUCUUUCAUCUCCAAAAUUCACAUUCUGUUACGAUGCACUCCAUGGAGUUGCUGGACCUUAUGUGAAGCGCAUAUUUUUGGAGGAGCUUGGUGCAGAUGAAAGCUCAUUAAUGAACUGCGUAUGCAAGGAGGACUUUGGAGGACGGCAUCUAGAUCCCAGUCUGACCUAUGCACGUGAAUUACUUGCACGCAUGGGGUUGGGUACGAGAAGCUCUCAGGAUGAACCGCCACAAUUUGGUGCUGCUACUGAUGGUGAUGCCAAUCAUAACAUGAUCCUUGGGAAAAGGUUUUUCGUUAGUCCAUCUGAUUCCGUUGCUAUUAUUGCUGCAAAUGCUGCUGCAGCCAUACCUUACUUUUCUGGUGGUCUUAAUGGAUUUGCCAGGAGCAUGAUUUCAUCUAGUGCUCUCGAUAGUGUUGCUCUGCAUCAAGAUGUGGAAUUGUUUGAGGUGCCUACUGGAUGGAAAUUCUUCAGCAAUUUAAUGGAUGCUGGUUUUUGUUCAAUUUGGGGUGACGAAAGUUUUGGAACUGGAUCGGACCAUAUUCGUGAGAAAGAUGGAAUCUGGCCUGUAUUGGCUUGGCUCUCUAUUAUUGCUUAUAAAAAUAAGGAUAAACUAGAGGAGGAAAACCUUGUGACUGUUGAAGAUAUUGUCCGCGAGCAUUGGACAUUAUUUGGUCGUCACUAUUGUACUCGUUAUGAUUAUGUGAAUGUUGGUGUAGAUGCAGCUAAACGACUGAUGGCAUAUUUGGUCAAUCUGCAACGAUCUGGUCGUAUUAAUAUCAACAGAAUUAUCAGGGGGAUUCUGUCAAAUUUCCCAGAGCUUAGUAGAUGUGAUGAGUUUGAAUACGAAGAUUCUGUUGAUGGUUCCCACUCGAACCACUUGGGUUUUCGAUUUUGGUUUCAUGAUGACUCAAAACUGAUUUUCUGUAUCUCUAGAGGGGACUUGGAAGGUGCAACCAUUCAGCUUUACAUGGAGCGAUACAGCAGAGAUCCAGCAAACUCUCAAGAAGCAGCCCUUACUCGUCUUGUUACGGUUGCUCUCAAGCUAUCCAAGAUUGAGGAAUUGACUGGCCGAUCUGCCCCCUCAUCUAUUACAUAUAGACCGUGAGGCAUAUAGAAUUUUUUAAGUCUUCUGCUAGAGCAAAGAAUCAACAAUUCCUAUGGGCCUAUGGCAUGUCUCACUGACAAGAACCUCUGUAAGUUCUCUUCCAAGUUUGUUCCGUAGUACAUACAAUUGCAGCAGAGACCUUUAACUGGCUCGUCGGAAGUUUGGGAUUUGCAUAUUUCUACAUUAGGGACUUUUUAAAUGCUUCGAGUUUGCGCACAAGGGAGGCAGGUGAUCCGAGUAAUGGUUCAAGUUUAUCCAUGUAUUUCCAGCUUCAGCAGUUUGCAAAUUUUUUGUGAGACUAUCAGUUUCUAGUGUUGGGCACAGAUAGUGAACGCAAGUAUAGUUUGUUUCAAGUUUAUCCAUGUAUUUCCAGCUUCGGCAGUAUGCAAAUUUUUGAGACUGUCAGUUUCUAGUGUUGGGCACAGAUAGUGAACGCAAGUAUAGUUUGUUUCAUUGCCGAUCAAAAAAAGAGAGUAUAGUUUGUUUAAUUACGGAGAAAAAAGGUGCGUGCAUUAGAACAUUUAUUAUGGUUACAUGUUGAUUGAGUUCUGCUUCGUCCAUCAAUUGGUUGUUAUGAAACAGUUGUGUUAUACACCUCAAUUUUCAAAUUAUUGCUCUUGUUGUUUGACA